CUAUAAACACUGCAACAUCCCCUGCAUUUCACUUACCUCGUUUUUGCCGUCUCUUUUCAGCAAAAACGCACUCUCUUUCUCUACGCUCUGCCUCAUCUUUCCUCCCAUGGCAGCUGCCGCUGGUUCUUCACUCUCCAUGCGGGCUUGUCCUGGCGUUACUGCAACCAGAAUCUCUAGUCUGAAGUCAUUUUCACUUCCAAACCAGAGAAGUUUCCUGUUCUUUAGAGUGCAGCCAGUUCCAGCUCGCCUGCGUGUUUCUUGUGCUGCUAAGCCUCAAACUUUAGAAAAGGUAUGUGAAAUAGUGAAGAAACAGCUGGCAUUAUCACCUGAAACUGCUGUUACUGGCGAGUCAAAAUUUGCAGCCCUAGGAGCAGAUUCUCUUGACACGGUUGAGAUUGUGAUGGGACUUGAAGAGGAAUUUGGUAUUAACGUGGAAGAGGAGAGUGCCCAGAGCAUAACAACAGUUCAGGAUGCUGCUGAUCUUAUUGAGAUCCUUGUUGAGAAGAAGGAUGCUUAGAAGAAAAUGCUUAUCACAAUUAGAAAUCUAUUUACGUGCCUUUAUUUUAGCCUGCUUUAGGAGUUGUAGGCAAUCUUGUUGUGAACUAUGUUUCAGUUGGUUUCACCUAGAAUAACUGGUAAAUUGCUCAAUUAUAAAGUCCUUAAAUUGCUCGUUUGUGAAAUUAUGAUGGUGUAGUCUUUAUACAGACGAAGCCUUUCAUGCUA